ACCAGGAUGUGGCACACGGUGGCUCUGCUCCUCUCUGGAUUCUCUGCUUUGAUUCAUGUGUCGGUGCAGGGUCCGCACCAGAGGAACCUGCUGAAGAAUCUCCUGAAAGACUACAACCGGAUGGAGCGCCCGGUGGGAAAUGACUCCCACCCCCUCACCGUUGUCUUCUCCCUCAGUUUGAUACAGAUCAUGGACGUGGAUGAGAAGAACCAGGUGCUGACCUCUAACAUGUGGCUGCGGAUGAGCUGGUUUGACCACUACCUCCAGUGGAACCAGAGUGAACAUCCCGGAGUUAAAAACCUCCGCUUCACCACAGACCAGGUGUGGACACCAGACAUCCUGCUCUACAACAGUGCAGAUGACGACUUUGACUCCACCUUUAAGACCAAUGUUCUGGUGAACUCCAGUGGCUACGCCGAGUAUCUGCCCCCAGGAAUCUUUAUGAGCACAUGCAACGUGGACGUUCGCUGGUUUCCUUUUGACAUCCAGAAAUGUGAGCUGAAGUUCGGCUCCUGGACGUUUGACGGCUGGCUGCUGGACCUUCAAAUGAAUGAUGCUGACAUUUCAGGAUACAUGCCCAAUGGAGAGUGGGACCUAAUGGGAGUUCCCGGCACCAGAAACGAGGUUUUCUAUGAUUGCUGUAAGGAGCCCUACCCGGAUGUGACGUUCGUUGUGACAAUACGGCGGCGAACUCUCUACUAUGCCCUGAACCUGCUCAUCCCCUGUGUGCUGCUUUCCUCUAUGACCCUGCUCAUCUUCGUGCUGCCAGCGGACUCUGGGGAGAAGAUCUCACUGGGUAUCACUGUCUUGCUGUCUCUUACUGUUUUCAUGUUGCUGGUCGCGGAGAUCAUGCCAGCCACAUCAGACUCCGUCCCUCUCAUAGGUCAGUACUUUGCCAGUAUAAUGAUCAUCGUUGGGAUGUCAGUCAUUGCCACAGUGGUGGUUCUGCAGUAUCAUCACCACGAUCCAAACGGAGGAAACAUGCCGAAAUGGGUGCAGCUCGUCCUGCUGCAGUGGGUAGCGUGGUUCCUGCGUAUGAAGCGGCCAGGAGAGAAUGAUGACCCAGAGCGGCCCCCGUGUGCCCCCCAUCUGCGGCGGUGCUCCUCCGGCUCCCAGAGUGGGAGCAUCCCCAACCCUCCGGACCCCACCCUCCAUCCGCUGCACCCACAGAACCUGGCUCCUCUCCAAACGGGGCCCCUCCACGCGGGGCACCCUCACCUCCACGCCCAGUCCAGUGCUAACAACAACGGGAACCUUCUUUACAUGGGCUUCCAGAGCAUGGAGGACCCUUCAAUGCUCUCAGAGCCCGUCCAGAGGAAUAACAUCUCAGUGGGGCCUCCACGAGUAGCAGGAAGCCCACCUCCGCACCUGCCAUCUCAGUUCUGCAGCUCCCCACCACCUCCUACCCCCAAUAUGGAUACUGUAGGCUGUCCCAGCACUGUCUCCAGUGGUGGGGGCUUUGGAGGUGGACCCGGAGGACUUGGAGGGUGCUCGACCGGAGGGAUAGGAGACCCACAGCUACAGGCUAUCCUGGAGGAGGUGCGUUACAUGGCAGACCGUUUCCGGGAGCAGGACGAGGCUGAGAGCGUGGCCGACCAGUGGAAAUUUGCGGGCGCUGUAAUCGACCGUCUGUGUCUGGUGGCGUUCAGCGUUUUCAACAUCAUAUGCACCAUCUCUAUCCUCAUGUCUGCUCCAAACUUUGUGGAUGCUAUUUCAAAGGACUUCGUUUGA